GGGUACUGUACUGCCACAUGCGGUGUACUUGUGGUCUCACAUGAACAUACUGUAGUGGCUAAGAUUGUGAUCUAACAGGAAAAAGUUAUCUCCCACAAUUUUUAUUUAGUGAAAAAUUAAUGUUUGGUUUGUGAAUUUCAACCCUGUCACUGGUGAGGCUGAUAAGAAAUGAUGUUCCCAGGGGUUGUUGAUCCUACGGCAGAUGCUUUUAUUUGGACUAUAUAUGAUGGCGAUGAACAUGGCAAAUUUAUGGAACGACUGGAUACCAGGAUCCGAAAUCAUGACAGAGACAUUGAGCGUAUGUGUAACCACCACUACCAAGGAUUCAUUGACUCUAUUCGGGAACUUUUGCAAGUCAGAUCACAGGCACACAAACUCAAGACAGAAGUUGUAAGAAUAGAUGAUGAAGCUCAGGAAUCAGCCAAGAAGUUACUAACCAAGAGUGAAGAACUUGUCAAAACGAGAAAAGUCCAGUCCAACAUCUGUGCUGCGAUAGAUGCAUUGACGUUAUGCUUGCCGGUGUUAACCAUGUACUCCAAGUUGCAGAAACAGAUGCAGGAGAAGAGGUAUUACCCAGCACUGAAGACCCUGGAACAGUUAGAACACACAUAUUUACCACGGGUGGCCAGUUACCGAUUUGCCCAGCAGAUGCGUGACAAUAUACCAAGGGUACGAGAAGACAUCAAACAAGCAUCAAUGUCUGAUAUAAAAGAUUUCCUUGAAGCCAUUAGAAGGGUAUCAGCUCGAAUAGGUCAGGUGGCUAUGAAACAUGCAGCUCUACAGUACAACAUGGAUCCCAAACUAGCUGUGACAAGAAAUGAAAGACACGCACCUCUACCACCCAACCCAUUUACAGGUGAGACAUAUGAGGCUCAGUCUGAAGCCCAGAGUGACGAGGAAGAAGAAUUGUGUGCUCAAGAUUUGAUUGAUUUUGCCCCAGUGUAUAGAUGCCUACAUAUAUAUACUGUGUUAGGUGCCAGAGAACAGUUUGAGACUUACUACCGUCAGCAGCGCAGAGAACAAGCUAGACUGGCUUUACAACCACCUACUAAUAUGCAUGAGAAUCUUGAGGGUUUUCGACAGUACCUACAUGGAGUUGUUGGGUUCUUUGUGAUAGAGGAUCAUGUGCUCAACACAGGCAAUGGUUUAGUCACUAGGCCAUACCUGGAUGAGGUCUGGGACAUGGCUUCUGGGAAGGUUGUAAACAACAUUCGUAACCAUUCUUCAUACUGCACUGACACUCUGCUCAUGCUGAACAUUAAGAAUCUUAUUAUGCUAUUUGCCCAUACUUUACAGAACUAUGGGUACACGGUGAACCCUCUCCAUGAACUACUGCUGGAGGUGAAAGACCACUAUAAUGAGGUGUUGAUGCAGAAGUGGGUACAGGUGUUUAGAGACAUAUUUGAAAAAGAUAAUUACCAUCCUAUUCAAGUUGAUGCCUUGGAAGAGUACAACAAUAUCAUUGAGGUCUUCCCGUACCAUGAGCCUGCACUGGAGCAGGCACCCUUCCCUAAGCGCUUCCCUUUUAGUCUAAUGGUUCCAAAGGUUUACAGGGAGGUCAAGAGUUAUAUUGAAGCCUGCCUAGAGUUUUCAGAAGAUUUGAAUUUAAGUCAAACAGAGAAGGAGGAUAUGGUUCGAAAAUCAACCAACCUGCUGCUGACCCGAACUCUGAGCGGCUGCUUGGCUACCCAGAUCAAAAGGCCUGGCUUGCGUUUGCUACAGUUGAUACAGAUCACCAUUAACACCUUACAUCUUGAACAUGCUAAUGUCUUACUAGAACACCAUGUUGCAAAAUUAACAGGGAGUAUAGAAGACAGCAGUAAACCUGGCCUGGGGAGACUACAGGGGAAGGCCAUGUUCAAGGACAUACGGGGAGAAGCCGAGGAGCAGAUUUACACCGCCCUCAGGCACAAGAUAGACGAGUUCUUGGACUUGGCAUCUUAUGACUGGAUGUUAGCUGAACCUCAAGGCACUUCAUCUUCCUAUGUCACUGAUCUCAUAGCCUUCCUUAAUUCAACUUUCACUGCCUUCACUAAUUUACCCGUACGAGUGGCACAGACCGCUUGCAUGUCGGCUUGUCAACAUGUGGCAAAGUCACUGAUGGCAAUGCUGUUAAGUGAAGAUGUCAAACAGAUGUCACUGGCUGCAUUAGAGCAAGUCAACCUUGAUGUAAUACAGUGCGAACAAUUUGCAGCCUUUGAACCAGUAGAAGGUUUUGAGGAGGGUGCUCUAUUGAUGUGCUUCUCCGACCUAAGGCAGCUUUUGGACCUGUUUAUGACGGAAGACUGGUCUACAUAUUUUCAUGAUUACGGAUCAGAGAACUCCAAAUACCUCCGAGUAAACCCCCAUAAUGCCAUCAUCAUUGUAGAAAAGCUGAGAGAAGGUGAAAAGCGUGGGAUGUUCUCCAUACUGAAAAGAAGUGACAAGAAAAAACUACUGGAAACUGUUCUCAAACAGCUUCGGCAGCUGACUCAACAGCAACAUGCGUCAUAAAUCAACUGAUUCUUUCUAGAUCAACAUGUCUCAAAUAUCCUACUUAUUUUUAUUCUGCUAAUGUAACAGUUCCCUAAGUUAACUGUUUGUUUGCUAAAGCACUUUGGAAAUUAAAUUUUAUUGCUUCAUGUUUUGUUUUGUUUUGUUUUUAUAUUGAGAGCCAGGUAGGGUUGGCCAAGUGUUGUAUGCUUCAUUAUACAGUAUGCAGAGCUGGUUACUGUUAUGUUAAGCCCCAGGCUAAGGUAACCCUUCUGAUUAGAACAAUUACACUGACUCCUGGAGAUUGUGCAAGACAUCAUAAAAAGCCAUUACCUUAGCUUUAAGAUGAGAAGUGUUUGGAUAUAGGUAAGUAUUUGAUAUAUUUGUUGGUUUUGUACACCGGUUGAAGAUGGAUGUAUUGUGGUAAGGCAUUGUCAUCUGGAUGUCUGUAAAGUUUUUCUCAUCUGGAGCAGAUGGGUUUUUUAAAUUCACAUGAAUAUACAGUACAAUAUAUCAUUUGACAUUACUGGAUGAAGACAGAACACCAUAUUGAAGUCUGUGUAUCAAGGUCGAGGUCACAGCUAAAGAUCAUAAGUAAGUACGGCAAUAGGUGUACAAUGUACUGUGGUUCUUUGUUUGUAAAUAUUGUUCUUAUAUUAUUGCUGUUGAUAUAAAUUUAAUAAAUUAUAUAAGUGGAAGGUAGGUGUUACAGAUGUAUAUACCAGAGUUUGCUGGAUGAUCACCUUCACCAAUGAACUGCACUGAAUCAUAUUUUUAUUUUAUCAUGUCAUGAUAGAUUCACUUUAAAAUUAACUAGUUACUAUUUAUCACUUCUAAUUGUAUAUAAACUCAAGAACAAUGAAUGUUUGUUUGCAGAGGGAGAGUCUUUGUUACUGUGUAAAAGGAGCUUCACAGGAGGGAGGAGGAGAUACCUUGAUUUGCAAUUUCCUGAAUAUUGUCUUGAGGACUUAGUUUAGUGAGGAUCAAGGUCUAAAAUCAGACAUUUCAGAUAAUUCACCAUUCUUUCUUCGUGUUUCAGGAAUAUGGAGAAUUUUGUGACUUUUCACUGAAUACAUAUUUUAAUUAGUUCCAUACUAGCAGUUAUCACUGAAUGGGUUUGCUGAAUUGGUGGGAUGAUAAUUAAGACUUGGCAAAGAAAUUAAAAAUCAAAGUGAAUAAAAUCUGACUAAAAUCCUUCUUGAACCAAGCCUUCAAUAGCAUGUCAGGUGAGUUUGAUGUGAGACUCGGUUGUUAUAUUUGUGAACAAUGUGUGGUUUAUGUUAUCAUGUGUCCAGUUCAUCUCAUACUUACCAGUGCAUAUCAAGGGAACACCUUUUAUUAGAUAUUUGAUAUUAAAACUUCAGUUUAAAAUAUAUUGAAUCAGUAUCAGAAAGAUAUGUAAAUGAUUGAAUGUUUUAUUCUACUAAGAUAACAUGUUCUGUACAGAAGUUGCAUUAACAUGAUCACUGUGAAUAAUAGAUCCAGUUUGUACAGAUUAAACAAUUGAAAAAUAUAAUAAAA